AUGUUGUUUCUGUUCUGUCUGCUGUGCUUGGUGGCUGCUUCGGCUGUCAAUGUGCAAUCUGACCCGAUCAGCCAUGUCUAUGUCACCAAUAUCACGAUUCUUCAAGAGUCUACAACAAAUAAUCGCCAUGCCGAGGAAAAGUCUCAACUGGAGCAAAGACUGCAAAAGACAGGAACAUGGAGUCCAUCGCACUCUCGAUAUAGACUGCUGUCUGCAUUGCAUGGUUUCUACCGAUACAAGCAGAUAAACACGGUGGAGGUGAAUAAAUGGAGAGAUUGGUAUAAACAUGUUCCGAAGAGACAGCGCAAGAUGGUCGAAUCCGUGGUGCAAUAUACACGCAAGCUAAACACCGUCGAGCAUCUAUUCGAGUCGAAUGAAAUUAUUGCAAAUGCCAUUCUACAAGAAGGAUUGCAGUUCUACGGCAUUAAAAUGGAAGAAUUACAGCAGUUUAUCACCCAAGUCGAAAAAGAAGGAAAGACAGCAGAUCGGACAAGCGUGAAUCAAGCCAUGAAGCAUUUCGUCCGAGAUUGGGCAGAGGAAGGAAGAGACGAACGCAUGGCUUCGUUUCCGUGUAUACUGGAUGCGAUUUCGAGUAUGAGGGAGAAUGAGACGACAAAGGUUCUUCUUCCUGGAGCUGGUUUGGGAAGACUUGCGCAUGAGAUUGAUCAUCUAGGAGGCUUCGAGGUGACGAUGAAUGAAUAUUCCUCGUAUAUGAAUCUGGCAUAUAGAUAUCUCGACACGAUACAGACAAACUCAGCAUCCUAUCAUCCCUACAUCGACUGGUGGUCUCAUCACGCCACAACAGCCGAUCUCCAACGACCCAUCACCUUUCCAGAUAAAUCACUCUCUCAAUCUGUCCUGUUAGUCGAAGGAGACUUUACCACCGUAUUCAACAUCCAGAAAUACGACGUGAUCGUCACCCUCUUCUUCAUCGACACAGCGCGCAACCUCAUCGCCUACCUUGAAACCAUCCAUCGUCUUCUUCGACCAGGAGGGAAAUGGAUUAAUCUAGGUCCACUGCUCUAUGGAAGCGCACCAUUUCUCCAACUAUCUCUGGAUGAGAUCGUAGCAGUCAGUGAGGACAUAGGCUUUAAAUUCCUUAACACAGAUGAUAAAUGCGGGAAUAUCACCGUGGACGGGCUGAAGGUGCGCGGAUUGCAAGUGCCAUACGGGACGAACGCACGGGGAUUAAGCCGGAAUGCAUAUCAGGCGCAGUUUUGGAUUGCCAGCAGAAUAAAAUGAUAUAAUAGUAUUCAAUAUAGCCGAGGAUUAACCCCGCAUUGUUUAUCUUCUGUAUAGAAUCGGCAGUGCAACUCCCGAUAAUGCGGGGAAACAUCCGAUCCG